UUAACAUUCCAGGUGUCGUCGAGUUAUUAGCGAUACUACCUUCGAAUACUCCUCGAGAACUGACCGACGCCUACUGCUCUCCGCAGUCUGUACGAUUAUUGCCGCUACCUACCUGUUCCCGUAUCUACAACGCAAAUCUACCUACUUUCCACUCAGUGGUAUAGAGGGGACUUCGGCCUGCGUACGGAUUCAAAGAUAUUCAUUUCUCGUCACUCACUUAUAUACGACACUGGGCUUUCCGCCAAACUAGUCCUGCCAUCGCACUACUGUUAGCAUCGGAGGCUUUACGGUAUAUGGCAUAUAUCGCAGCUUCAAAAUGUCGAAUGGUGGUGGUACCUUGACCUUGCCUUCGCCUACUCACCCCCACAACCAUCAUGUCGAUGUUCAAGCAGGGCUACGGUCACUGAGGAGAUCAUUGUCGCGUUCACCUUCCAAAUUUUCUCUGGUUAGAACUGCCUCCCAGAGCAGCUCUGAUCAGGGUUCUCCCUCACCCUCCAUCAGGCGGGUUCAGUCCCAAUAUUUUGGCCCAAACACCUCCAUACCUUCUCCCUCGGGCAACCAGCCUCACGGUCAGUCUCCACUUGCAACACCUUUCCGUCCCAGUGUCAAGUUGUCCCUUCGCUCUGGGAAAUCGACGAAGAGCCCCAUUUCAGGAUCAACCAGUGGGAGGCCAUUCUCUAGGCACCGCACCUCCCCCAAGAGCCCAUCCAGGAGAGCCUUAGGGUUAGCCUCAGCCUCGGGCAAUUCAUUCCCUCCCUCACACUCGUCACCACCAUCCCUAGCGGUGGCUUUGGGGCAGGAGAACGUCAACUUCUUCCGUACUCGCAGCCCAGCAUCGCGCAAGGCUGUCGAGAAACCCGCGAAUCGGCACAGUGUACAUCUGGAUAUGACGGAUUCUUCUCAACUCGCCACGUCUCGAUUCACGGAAGCGCUCAACAGUCCUCCAACGCCGCCGCCACCAUCAACCUCCGUAGUCAGCCCGCUGAAGCGAAACGACGCGACGAUGAAUUUUGACCAGUCCCUUUCCGGCAGCCCAAAGGCGAAGCGGCGCAGCUACGGUCCUCUAAGUCUAGGGGGUGAUUUCAACAUCUUUGAUCACGCUCCUGCGUCUUCCCACUUCGAGUUCCAGGAAGAUGCGGUUCGCGAGUAUGACUGGACGAGCCCUGACGCGGCUACCGCUUCCGAGCCCUUGACCUCGCCGUCGGCCGCCGCGAUGCGCAGAGCCGGUACCCUGCGAAAGUCUACCAUACAACAGCGCGAGCGACUAUCGUGGGGCAAGCGCCAGGCCGCCCAACAGCUUUCACCGAAUUCCAAUGAAGCCACCACCCCGCAGCAGCGAGAGCGAACUUCGUGGGGGAAACGACAAGCCGCACAGCAGUUGUCGCAAAACUUGAAUGAGGUCGCUACACCGAACACAAAGAGCCGCCCGCGAUUGUCUCUGGAUCACUUCAUGCCCCCUCCGUCGCGUGAUAGCCCCUUCAAUACCCAAGGGCCGUUACCGAAUCCCUCGGCGCAUAUCCCCAACCAGCAGACACAUCAACCACACCCCCUCUCCCGAGCUAUGACGACUUCCUCAUCGGGCUCCAGCAUUAGCGACGAGUCGCCAACCUCCUUUGUGAAAUUAAGCGAGAAGCCGAGACUGGCCAUGAACUUCUCCAAGAGUCUGCCUAUUGGCGCCGUUCGUCCUCAGCGCGAGAACCAAGACCCGGCGACAGCGAGCCUAUCCACUCCCGACUACAAGAGUAUCAGACCUUUUGAGGGAGCGUUCGCAUCCACUGGCUUGGUAUCGAAGAUGAAUCGCUUCCCGGAGAAGGUCCCCACAACCGGUGGCUUCGGGCCUGUGCCUGAUACCCCCUGCAAGAAGCAUCCUAACGGGUUCGCGACCUAUCCCCCCCCGCCGCUGACGGGCAACGUGAAGUCGAGAGGUAGGCAUAUCCGACACACGUUUGGUGUCCCGUCGACUCCUUUUGACCCUACGCCAAACCGAACCGCAAAUAUCUUUGGCGAACAGACGCGACCUGUCAUCUUCCCCGGAUUCUCCAAGCACUCCCGGAGGGGCAGUCUGCUCAGCCUCCACAGCGAUGACGGACGUAGUCCGUUGGAGCAGUACAGCGAUACUCACAUUAACAAUGAUGGAGAUGUACCGCCAACGCCUACGAAGCAACAGACCAUGUCUCAGAGUUCUAGCAGCUUCCAUCAGUUGCCAAACGAAAGCCCUACAGCCAGACGACGCUUUACUCCUACGUCCGCCGCUCGAGCCUGCGCGUCCUUGCAGCAAGACUCAGCUGCCAAUUUGAGUCCGUUGGAGAGGCUAGAAUUCGUAGAGAGCACGACUCCUCAAACUCCGCAGGAGAGCGUUGCGCCUCUGGACGCAAGCCGUCUCUCUAUCUCGAACGUAAAUGAGAAUACCCUAUUUCCAGGCAGUGGACCGAACUCGUCUUUCCCGCCUGCGACCCCCACUACGCGACAUAAUGGCUCGUUGUUUAUUGAGCGACGGGCUAUUACCCCUAUAAAUGGCAUCCCUGCUCACGACUUGGACGAGGUGCUCAUGUCACGCUUUGCCAAGGUGGAGUUUAUAGGAAAAGGCGAGUUUUCGCAGGUGUAUCAAGUUACCGAGAUGGCUCAGCCCUUGGUUGCGGUUCAGCCCAGCUUUUUCAGCACCCCUACUCAUCGACGCCCCUCCUCCCCGUCUUCGGCCAAGGUAUACGCUGUCAAGAAGCUUACUGUCCCGAUUCAAGGUAUCAGGGACAGGGCUUUUCGCCGCCGCGAGGUGUCCGUGUUGGAAGCUCUGAAAGGGCGUAGCCAUAUCCUACAACUCAUUGACAGCUGGGAGGAGAACAACAGUCUCUACAUACAGACCGAGUUCUGCGAAGAGGGAAGCUUGGAUCUCUUCCUAUCCUUCGUUGGCCUUAAGGGCCGACUUGACGAUUUCCGUAUCUGGAAGAUCAUGCUCGAGAUCGGCAAGGGUUUGCAACACAUCCACGAUGCUGGCUUCAUCCACCUCGACUUGAAGCCUGCCAACGUCUUCAUUAAUUUUGAAGGAACCUUGAAGAUUGGCGAUUUCGGAUUGGCAGUGUCCGUGCCCUUGGAAACGGUACCCGACCUCGAAGGUGAUCGUGAAUACCUGGCCCCCGAGGCCCUUCGAUCGGAGAUCGACAAGCCCGCGGAUAUUUUCUCUUUUGGCCUUAUCAUGCUGGAGAUUGCAGCCAAUGUCAAGCUCCCCGAGAACGGGACAACUUGGACUAGUCUUAGGGAAGGGGACUUCUCCGAGGUUCCGGUCUUAACACAAGAUGCGGCCGCAAUUGUGCGCGACGCCACUGGUAUGCCAGUCGACGACGCCGACCGUAGCGCCAGUCUAUUCGGAGGCACGGGCGCUGCGAAAAAUGCUCGGCGUGGCUACCAUUUUAGAAAUGUCGGCCGUCAGUCUGGUGAUAUUUUUGGGUUGGGUCGCAAGAACGAAUUGCAACAACCCCCGGACUUCAUGAGUGACCCUGACCAUCACAGCUCUCUCGACACCGUCGUGAAGGCGAUGCUUGCGCCAGAGCCAAACCAACGACCCGUGAUCUCUCAGCUCAUCGAGUCUGAAGCGUUGGAGUGGGUGGCAUGCCGUCGACGAGCAGCCGCGACGGUCUUCGAGGGGAACUGGGGCCCCGCAGAUGAACUUGCGGGGCCUAUCUCUCUCGAUACGGAGAUGACCGACGUCUAAAUUAUCCGUCAUCUUUCCAUCGGAUCUCGUUCGAUUUGCUUGGGAGCUGGAUAAUGAGGUUGCGUUUGCAGCAACAGUGGGGGAGCGUUUGUUGGCCUGGAAUAGUUGCCAGCCUGGCUGGAUGUACCGAGGCGACUUAUAAGGCUCCCGGAGGGGAGCGUUGUGCCCUGACGAGGAGGGGUGAUGGCGUUUUGC